CAACCCGGACCAAUUUUAUUAUUAUUUUUCUUAAAAGAAAUUUAAAGGAAAAAGCCAGAAAUAGGCGAGGCGAAGAAGAUCUGUAAAAAUCGGCAUCUCUUUAGGGGACAAAAGGGGAAGAAAUGGCAAGAGCAGGAGGGAUAACGAACGCCGUUAACGUAGGGAUAGCAGUCCAAGCCGAUUGGGAGAAUCGCGAAUUCAUCUCUCACAUUUCCCUCAAUGUUCGUCGCCUCUUUGAAUUUCUCCUCCAAUUCGAGGCUACAACGAAGAGCAAAUUAGCAUCCUUGAACGAGAAACUGGACACCCUGGAACGUCGUUUGGAGCUUCUUGAAGUUCAAGUUGGAACUGCGUCCGCUAACCCUUCUCUUUUCAGUACGUGAUUCAUAUUUAAAAGUUGUAUUUGUUUCCAUAUCUUUGUCGUGAUUUUGUUCCUCUUCUAGUUUUCGACGUUGUAGGAAAACAAAGUUUUCUUCUUUUUCUUUUUGUCUAUAUAAUAACCAUGGCGAUUAGUGAACUUUUGCUCUUCGUUUCUUUCGAAUCUGUCAUAUUUGUAAGACAUUAGCAUCUUGCUGUUGAAUUUUUCUUUCAUUCA